ACUUUUUGCACAGCGUGGAAUGAGUGUGAGAGGGAGUCAAAUUUGAUCGAAUAAAAUGUCUGGACAUUUAGGUACCGGUAGCUAAUUUAGCCACUUACUUAUAUAACUGAAAAAAAAAAGAAAUAUAUUUUAAACUUAUAUUAUCCUCGUAGUAUUCUUACAAUUUUAUUAAAUUGCAAUAUUUUUUUAAAAGUUCGCAAUAGAAUUUGAAUUGAAUAUUUUUCUGAACUUUCUCUCCACCCAAGACCAGCCAGGGUAACAAUAAAUAAUUGUAUAAAGCCGAAGGCAUAAGUUGAAUAAGAGAAUAAAAAAACAAUUUUAGAGCGUGGCUGGUGCCAAACUCAAACUGUCUUUUCAUUUGCGCGCAUCCACAUAUCCACAUUGUGUGUGAGUGUGACACUCAAGGGACAGUGUCAUUUGGCAUUUGGAUCAUCUAAGACUAAGUUAAAAUUAAAGUCUUGAUUCUUUCUGAUAAACCAUUUAACCAUGGUGGACCAUGACCUGUCCAUGACCAUACACUGAGCAUAACCUGACCAUAGUCUGUCCAUCGUCCAUAGUCAUACGGACCAACAUUAUUAUCAUAGUAAUUACAUGGACAUGAUUGUCAUACUGUUCAUAGUAAUAAUAGUCUUAGACUCUUCUUAGUCAUAGAUUUUGUGUCUGAUUCUAUCUGAACUGUGCUUGAUGAUUGCAUAGAAUAUGGUUACAGGUAUAAACCACCCAUCCGUCCAUCACAAUAUGCAUUAUGAAUAUGUGAAUAAUAUAUAUUUUCGUAGGCACUCCUGUAAAGUGAUCCCACUUCCAAUUGGCGCACAGACCCUCUUUCAUUGUCAAUUUCAUCGAAAAUUCAGUGGCCCUCUCUCCAUUGACCAUGGUGUUAUUUCCAUUAAAAUAGCACUUUGGACCAGAAUAACACAAUUUUUUUUUUUACCAUAAAUUUUAAAUAACUCGUCAGUUAAUUAUUAUGGUAAAUUAUUAGACGGUAGUAAAAAAAAAAUUUUUAUUGAAAAAACUAGUGGCUUCAUAUUUUCUGGAUUAAUUGGGGGUAUACAUCACAAUAUGUGCAGUUAGCUGUCAACUUAGCGGCAUGAGCUUUUUAAUAAUUGUCUCGUCAGUGAGGUCACUUUGGCUUUGGGGAAUCCCAAUACUGGGCUUAGGGUAGGGUGACCAAAUCAUGAACUGGAAAAAACGGGACACAACCAAGUAGGGUUGGGGGGGGGGGGUGAUACCCUCCAGCUAAAUAGGGGUCCGGGAACCUCUGCCAGAAACUGUUAAUUGAAAUAUGCUCAUUUUAACUAUUUGCAGACCUAGAAAUCUUUUUAAAUUUACCUUCACUUUUUUAAUUUAAUUUAAAAUCUGAAGCAUAUCAUAAACGAAAACAAUAAUUUUGCAGUGAAUACUUAUUAGUGUAUCCAUAAAGAUCUAUGGCAGGGACACUGUCAUUUAUGCAGAGUGGUGGAGUGGGGGGAACAGUGCAGCCAUCACGAGCCCACAUAACUGCUGGCACUGGCUAAACAGCUAGUCAAAAUAUUACUUGAAGUUAUAUUGUAAAUUAGGAAGUUUUAGGGAUUUGAAAAUGUGUUUGGUUUUAGAAACGGGACAGUUAGGUGUCCAUAGAAACUUUUUCGAGACACCGGGUAUGAUCGUGAAAAAACAGGACGUUUGGUCACCCUAACUUAGGGUGACAGGUUGGACCUGUUCUUUACUGUACAUUAUUCAUGUCAAAAACAUAGACAUAAUUCGACGAUCAGUACAAUUACUUUGAAAUAAAUAAAAAGGAAAUUUUCAAAAACGUUUUUUAUAAAAUUCAACUUUCAAGGUUCACUCUUAUACCCCAAGAUGAGUGCAUGGUUAAAAGUCCUGUUUCUUUAUCACUUGAAAUCUAGGUAAUGUACCCAUAUGCUAUUUAUAUAAUGUUGAAAUUUAACGGGACAUUUCAGCAUAGUUUUCUGGGUAUGGGAGAGAUGGGGACACCCCCCCCCCCUCCCACACACACACAAUUUCAAUUCAUAAAUAAGAAACAAAAAUAAUUUCUGGGCCCUUCCCCCUCUUUCAAGACAAAUUUUAAAAAUGAGGAACAAACCUUAUUAAAUGAAUACAGAGCCGAAUUUUGAAAUGUUUUGAAAAAGUAAACUGUGGCUGGUAGUUGAACUGGGGAAACAUUUUUUUAUACAUAUAUAUUUAUAUCCUACCCUUAAAGAAAAGAAUAAGAAUGGUCAAAAGACCCUAAUGAAAACAAAGCACAUGAGAACAGAAAGGAUGUAUCCCUGCACAUGAAACGAGGAUGUCAAAACGACCACCUGUAAAAAGUAAAAUGCAAUGCUAAAGAUACUGUAUUGAUUAGUUAAGAAUACUGGUAGUAAAAUGUUGGUGACUCUGUACAGCUUGUAAUUUCAUAUCUGAAAGUAAGGAUAUCUAUUUAAGCCUACCCAUCACUAUCCUUAACUUUUUUAACAACUGAAGUAUAUAAGGCUUAAAAAGGGACAUCAUUUGAUAUUUGAGAAAAAAGGCAGUCAGAAGCUUUAACUCUAUUAGUAUUGAAGUACCAGUAUGUAAUUUCAAUCAUUUUGCUAUUUCACUGUACACUCAAAUAUAAAAUAUUAGUUAAUUAUAUGUACUGGUAUUCUAUAAAUGCAUUUUUUUAAAAAUGUACAGUAUUUAAAUAAUUAUUUAACAUUGAUACUUCAAACUCAUAUUAUCCCUAUAUCUUUAAAAAAAAAAUUCAACAUUUUAAAAGAAAAGCAAAAAAAUGGGAGGAGAGGGUCAGGACCGAGGAAGUGAGAGAAAUUGGUAUCCAUUAGUUACAUAGUUUCUUGGCUUUUAUAAUCUUUUUAAUACCGGUACUGAAUUUUAGCCUGGAGUAAUCCUGGGGAACCUCCAUGAUUUAUUUACAGGGGAAGAAAUUGUCAGCAAUACCCCUAACCCCACUGUAGCAGUAUGCCGAUAUUGAGGAGGUACAUUAGGCAAUCUACCCUAUUGCUAUUGGCUAUUGCAUUGUCCAUACUGUUAUUGAUAAAACUAAAACAGUUUAUCCUCCUUUAUUUGGUUACUUGAGCACUGCCGGCAUGCUGAGCUGUCUUGAGUUUUUGGGUUUCCCUUCUCUUAGAUGGGUUACUAUCCAAGAUUGAUGAGUUCCAUCUAUCAUCAAUGGCACUACAGCCCAUGUAGGGCCCUGGCCUGCUCCACCACAUCCUUCCAUUCGGAGCGAUCAAUGGCUUUCCGUCUCCAUGCUCGAACCCCCAACUGGUGUAAAUCUGUCUCCAGAUCAUCAAUCCACCUCAUCCUUGGGCGACCGAUGAGUCGUCUGCCCCUAGGCUUCUGCCUGUAUAUAAUUUUGGCUGCUCUGCAUUCCGGCAUCCUUUCAACAUGACCUGCCCAGCGUAUUCUGCCUUUUUUUAUCAUUGUGACUAUGGGUGGUUCUUUGUACAAAUAGUAAAGUUCUUGGUUUGUACGUAUUCUCCAGAUAUCAUUUUCUAUCACUGGUCCGUAUAUUUUGCGGAGGAUUUUCCUCUCCCAUGUGUUGAGCAGGUUCUCUGCUUUUCUGGUGAGGGUCCAGGUCUCACUAGCGUACGUUACUACAGGUCUUAUGAUGGUGGUGUAUAUUGUCUUCUUUGUUCCCCUUGAUCAGUUUUUGUUUCCCAGUAGCUUUUGUAGGCUGAAAUAGGAACGUUUGCCUGCUGUUAUCCUUUCUUUCACCUCUGACAUUAUCUCAUUGUGCUCAUUUAUAGUUGCCACUAGAUAUUUGAAUGUGGCCACUCUCUCAAAUUUGUGGUUAUUUAUAUUGUUAUUAUCAGCAUGGGAGUUUCUUGAAAUUAUCAUAUAUUUUGUCUUCGGUUCAUUUAUAUCAAGGCCAGCUUUGAAUGAGGCAUUUUCAAGUUCCCUGAAUGCUUUAAUUAUGUCGUUACGGUUUCUACCCAGUAGUGCUAUAUCAUCUGCAUAUGCCAGGUACUGCAAUGGUUGGCUAUAUAAGGUUCCUGAUGGUUGUUGCUCUGUAGUAUCUCUCUGGAAAUAGUUUGUUAUGGUUCCACUGGUGCUAAUGUGAAUGCUUCUAAUAACUUUUUCUAGCGUGAUGUUAAACAGGAUACAUGAUAGUGAGUCUCCUUGUCUGAGGCCCCGAUUAACUAUGAACUCCCUAGAAUAUUCUCCCUGAACCUUGAUUCUGCUUUUGGAGUUGGCCAUUGUCAUGUGUAUGAGCCGAGUAAGCUUGUUAGGGACUCCAAGUUCUUGUAAAGCAUUGUAUAAGUAAUUCCUGUUUAUGCUAUCUUAUGCUGUUUUGUAAUCCACAUAUAGUUGGUGUAUGUCGAUGUUAUAUUCGUAGCAUUUCUCCAGGAGACAUCUUAUAGUAAAAAUAUGAUCCGUGGUUGACCUAUUCUGCCGGAAUCCACAUUGAUAGUCCCCUAGGAUCUGUUCACUAUAAUUUUCCAUUUUUCUCGCUAUAAGUUUUGUGAGAAUUUUGUACAUUACAUUAAGAAGGGAGAUACCUCUAUAGUUUGAGCUUAUCAACUUUGAUCCCUUUUUUUGGAUUGGGAUUAUGAGUGCCAUGUCCCAUUCAGUUGGCAUUUCUUUCUCCUGCCAGAUUCUGGUUAUAAGUUCGUAUAGUUGGUGUAUGUCGAUGUUAUAUUCGUAGCAUUUCUCCAGGAGACAUCUUAUAGUAAAAAUAUGAUCCGUGGUUGACCUAUUCUGCCGGAAUCCACAUUGAUAGUCCCCUAGGAUCUGUUCACUAUACUUUUCCAAUUUUCUCGCUAUAAGUUUUGUGAGGAUUUUGUACAUUAUCUAUCUAGAGUGCUAGUGUUGAUUUGUCUGUCUUGUCAUCUCUGCCCUGACCUGACAAAUUUAAUGUUAUUUAUUCGCUAUCAUUCUUAUUGCUUCUUCUUCUUCAUAAGGCAUAAGAAGAAGAUUCUUAUUGCCAGUUCCAAUCAAAUUGUGCAAUCAAAAUGUCAACAAACAGGAAGCUCAGUAACUGUGUUCGAGCUUGAAUUACAUUUAUCAUUGGAAUGUGUACUGCAUAGAGGCAGGGUUUUAAUGGUAAUACUCUUGUCUCUUUCAGCACUCCUCAGUGUUUCUGACAAAACUGGUUUGACAGCACUAGCACAGCAACUUUCAGCUGAAGGCUUCAAACUUGUAGCUUCUGGUGGAACAGCGAAAGCACUUAGGGAUGCUAACAUUCCUGUCAGGUUUGUAAUUCAUUUAGCAAGUGAUACUCUCACUUUUAUGGAAGAAAUGAAGUAAUGUUUGGGCUAAAAGGACUAUCAUAAUUCUAUAAUUCUUUUAUGGUGUGAUUGAAUUUUUCAAAAUUAAGAUACCCAAUUUUAUUUAAUGGGAUUCUUGUGUUAUAUAUAUUACUUUCAGUGAUGUUGAAGAACUGACUGGAGCACCUGAAAUGUUAGGAGGGCGGGUAAAAACCCUACACCCAGCAGUUCAUGGAGGUAUUUAAUACUGAAUAGGUUUGUUUAAAGUUAUGGGUAUAAAUAUUUAUAUUUAUUUAUUUGUUAUAUGAAAAAUAACCUACCUCAUAAGGCAUAAGGACUCCCUAGACUUAUUGUUAGCAGAUUUUGGGAUAAACUAGUCUCUCAACAUAGAUUUUUUAAAAUAUUAUUCUAUUGACUUUUAACGUGACUUCUAAUAGAUUUCUAACUCGAGCAAAAAAAUUGUCAAAUUCACUAAUUUCAAUUUAGGUUUAAAUUUAACCUUCCUUUAAAUAUAUUGGUAGCCAGAUUUAUUAUCAAAAUAACCUAAUGCAAUGCUAUCAGAAUCCACAGUUAAAUAAAGGGAUAUUGAAACCCUCAACAUUUUAAAAAACUAGGUUUACAGUACAGUGAUGGCUUUAAAAAAAUUCCAAAGGUGUCCUGAGCAUAAAUAAUUUUGUUUUUGAAUUUCAGGCAUUUUGAGCAGGUUAAAUGAUGCAGAUCAAGCUGAUCUUGACAAACAGGGUUACAAAAUGAUCAGGUAUAUAUCAGAUUUAUCCAUUUGUGAAAUUGUUUGCUUUCUUUUGGCUUUCGUAACAUUAUAAUUAUAAUUUAUAUCAUAUGUUCAUUAUUUCCCCAGAGUUGUUGUUUGCAACCUAUAUCCAUUUGAAAAAACCGUAUCUAAUCCUGAUGUGACUGUAGAAGAUGCAGUUGAACAAGUUGAUAUUGGUAAUUUUAAAAAAAAUGUUUGACUUAACAUUACUUCUAAAUAGUACAGCGUUGUUAGACACCUUAGUUAUUAAUAAUGUAAGCCCGUAGUGUUUUAAAAGCAAACAACAUGCUUUGACCUUUUUUUUCCCAUUUGCAAUACUUGUCAUUAUCUAGGUGGAGUUACCCUUUUAAGGGCAGGGGCAAAGAACCAUGGUCGAGUCACUGUCAUUUGUGAUCCCCAAGAUUACCAAAGGUAAGGUCUCAUGAGUUGAAAUUGAUUGACGUCGUCAAGGAUCUUUAGAUCGUCUGUUUAUAAUUACUGGUGAAUAAUUAUAAAAUUGUUCAGUCAAUAUUACUGUAUGAUAUCCCUUUGCUACCAUACUGCUGUUAAGGAAAUAUAUUCUCUCUAGUUCCAAAUGAAAUAUUUAAUAUUUUUUUUUUUAGAUUUAAAAAAUAUUUGUGUAGAUGUUAAUUUGAUCAAAAGAUCAUGAACACAAAUUUUUUUCAGGCUUACUAUUUUAUUUUACAUUGGACUUCAACUUCCAUGUUUACUUGACCUUGAUUAUUAUAUUUAUUUUAACGCCUUUAAUUCAGGGUAAUUGAUGAGAUUAGAGCAUCAACUGAUAAGGAUACCAGUUUGGAAACAAGAAAAAGUCUGGCUGUUAAGGUCUGUUUUUCUUGCAAUCUUAGACCUAUUUAUAUAUCACACUUUGCUAUUCUGAUAUACUGGAUAAAUUAUCAGAGUUUCGGGUGAUCCCAUUUUCUCUUGAAAUUAAGAAACUAUUUCAGUAUUGUUACAGAUGCAAUGAUGAGUCAUUUGUCUCGUUCGUAUUACAUCAUAAAUGAUGGAUGAUUUGAGAUUUUUUGACUGAGCAUUUAUUACAUUGUGUGGUGUGGUAAUUAAUUUCUAUCAGGGAAGACACUGUCAUUAGUUUAGUCUACUAUUUACUAAAUUUUCAUUUUCCAGCCUCCCUUUCUUUAAAUUCCAGGCUUUUAAUCACACUGCUGGCUAUGAUGCUGCCAUAUCAGAUUACUUUCGUCGCCAGUACAGUGCAGGCCAGUCUCAGAUGACUCUGCGUUAUGGCAUGAAUCCCCACCAAACACCGGCUCAGAUCUAUACCACACUUCCACAGCUCCCUAUCAAAGGUAUAUUCAGAUUUUGGCACCAUGUUCUACCAGUUAAAUCAUGUGUGCAAAUGAUAAAGUAACGGCAGUGAUGGACCUGCACAUUAUAAUGUGGAUGCCUAGUUUGUCGCUGAAAGUAAUAUUUAAAUAUUUUUCUCACAGUUGUCAAUGGCAGUCCUGGAUUUAUCAAUAUUUGUGAUGCUUUGAAUGCUUGGCAACUUGUGAGAGAGCUUAAACAGGGGCUUAAGUUACCAGCCGCUGCUUCAUUCAAGCAUGUUUCACCAGCAGGUAGGACCACUGUUAUGUUAUAAGCCAUUACUUCCUAAGAUUCUGAUCCUUGUCACUAGUUGGUUCUAGGCACUGAUAGCAUGAUCACAUUUUACUUAAUGUGCUUAUUGCCAUUAUGUUAACAUUUUUAUCUUAUAAAGGGUGCAUUGAUGAGUCUAAUGUCUCGUUCGUAUUACAUCUUAUAUGAUGAAUGAUUUGAGAUUUUCUUAACUGAGCAUCUUAUGAUUUAAUAAAGCUUGACACACAGUUUUAUUUAAAACCACAGUUCAACUUCAAAUUUUAUAAACCCCCUGAUUAGGCAAGAUCCAUAUGAUGUCCUAAAGCAAUAGAAGGUACUCAUUCAAAAUAUUCAGUUAGGAAAUGGAAAGCAUAGAGUUUUCAUGAAGAGAAAAAUAAUUAUGAUGGGGCGCAAAUAAAAUUGGAAAGUUUUUAAAAAAAAUAUUUGUGCAUGGUAGAAUUGACAUGAAUCCUCUGAGCUGUUAAGAAUCAUUUGUUAGUGAGCUUUUAAUGCAAGAGAUAAGGGGAGAUGAUGACUUAUUUUUUUCUACAUGUGUUGUAGUAAGUUUAACUCCACAUGACGUCCGAUUUUACUAGAAUUCGUUAAACUUAAUUAUAAGUGAGUUGGUGUUUAGUGUAUUUAAAACCACAGUUCAACUUCAUAUUUUAUAAACCCCCUUAGAGCUCUGAUUAGUCAAGAUCCAUACGAUGUCCUAAAGCAAUAGAAGGUAAUCAUUCAAAAUAUUCAGUUAGGAAAUGGAAAGCAUAGAGUUUUCAUGAAGAGAAAAACUAAAAUAAUUAUGAUGGGGUGCAAAUAAAAUUGGCAAAUUUUUACAAAAAUAUUUGUGCAUGGUAGAAUUGGCAUGAUACCUCUCAAAAUGGUAAAGCCGGUCUGUGAGCCCUUAUUCACCAGUCUGUAACAGAUUAUUAAAACAUUUAGCAGAGCACUAAUAAAUAUAAUAUUAGUGCCUGUGGCCCAAUCUGCAAUGCUUACAAAGCAUGGAUCUGUACAUCAUGAAAGUACUUUCAUUUUGUAUUUUUAUUUAUUUCCCUUCAUUAUGAUGAUGUAAAGGUUUCAUAUGGCAAUGAUGAGUUAACUGUCUCGUUCGUAUUACACCAUUACUGGUGGAUGAUUUGAGAUUUACUUACUGAGCUGCUUAGAAUCAUUUGUUAGUGAGCUUUUAUUGCAAGAGAUAAGGGGAGAUGGUGACUUAUUUUUUUCUACAUGUGUUGUAGUAAGUUUAACUUUAUUAUAAGUUAAACUUAAUUAUAAGUGGGUUGGUGUUUAGUCCCAAAAUUUCAUAACACUAAUGUAGUACAAGUCAGUGCAAUGUAGUUUUAAGACAUUGUAUCUGAAGUGCUUUACUCCAGUGGGUUUAUUUUUUAUGGAACUGUUUUGUUCUUUAUUUUAAAUAAUAAAUUGUUAUAUUUUGGGCCUCUUGCAAGUUCUUGCAUAGCAUUUAGACUGAUAUUGCUAUGUUAUUUUGUUUAAGUUACUACUUGCUAUGAUGAGUUAACUGUCUCGUUCGUAUUACACCAUUACUGGUGGAUGAUUUGAGAUUUACUUACUGAGCUGUUAAGAAUCAUUUGUUAGUGAGCUUUUAUUGCAAGAGAUAAGGGGAGAUGAUGACUUAUUUUUUUCUACAUGUGUUGUAGUAAGUUUAACUCCACAUGACGUCCGAUUUUACUAGAAUUCGUUUAAACUUAAUUAUAAGUGGGUUGGUGUUUAGUCCCAAAAUUUCUUAACACUAAUGUAGUACAAGUCAGUGCAAUGUAGUUUUAAGACAUUGCAUCUGAAGUGCUUUACUCCAGUGGGUUUAUUUUUUAUGGAACUGUUUUGUUCUUUAUUUUAUAUAAUAAAUUGUUAUAUUUUGGGCCUCUUGCAAGUUUGUGCAUAGCAUUUAGACUGAUAUUGCUAUGUUAUUUUAUGUUUUUAAGUUACUACUUGCUAUGAUGAGUUAACUGUCUCGUUCGUAUUACACCAUUCCUGGUGGAUGAUUUGAGAUUGUUUUACUGAGCCUAUUGAGAAAAAUUAAAUGUGUCUGUGCUAUACACUGUAAUGUGCGUGAACAGAUAACAGAAAAGAAGCAAGAAAUAAAAAUUAUUUCAGUAUAUUUCUGUAUGGUUUUAUUUCUAAUGUCAAAGUUUACAUUUUGUUCUAUGCUUUGAUUUAUGAUACAAUUUAUCAGUGGUUUUCAAUUAAUUGUUUAUUUUUAUCUUUCUAAUUUUUGUUCACCCGUGGCUAACCAUCAGAGUAGCACUGCUCUAAGAAUGAUGCGACGAUGCUAUCUGUACCUUUGAAAUAAUACAUAAUCAACAUUCAUUUUUCAAUGGUUUUUUUUUUUUUUGCCUUUCUUAUAUUUUAUGUGUUUUAAAUUUUAGGUGCAGCUGUUGGUUUUCCUCUGUCCCCUGAGGAAGCUAAGCUGUGUAUGGGGGAUGACUUGAAAGAGUUAUCUCAAUUAGCCAUAGCUUAUGCUAGAGUUUUUGUUCACCCGUGGCUAACCAUCAGAGUAGCACUGCUCUAAGAAUGAUGCGACGAUGCUAUCUGUACCUUUGAAAUAAUACAUAAUCAACAUUCAUUUUUCAAUGGUUUUUUUUUUGCCUUUCUUAUAUUUUAUGUGUUUUAAAUUUUAGGUGCAGCUGUUGGUGUUCCUCUGUCCCCUGAGGAAGCUAAGCUGUGUAUGGUGGAUGACUUGAAAGAGUUAUCUCAAUUAGCCAUAGCUUAUGCUAGAGCAAGAGGUUUGUAAGAAUCUUUAAGUAGUGUUUCCUUAAUUUAUUAUAUAUACCUUUAAAUAUAAGUUUGUAUUCAAUGAAAAGGGUUAAGUUGAGCUUAAGUGUUAUGAUAUCAUGGUUUAGUUCUGUUAUGUACAGAUUGUUUUAUUAGACAGCAAUGACAAUUUCUAUGUUAAAACUUUUAGGUGCAGACAGAAUGUCUUCAUUUGGUGACUUUAUUGCACUUUCUGAUAUCUGUGAUGUACCCACUGCUAAAAUUAUCAACCGUGAAGUGUCAGAUGGUUUAAUAGCUCCAGGCUAUGAACCACAAGCCUUGGAAAUUCUCAAGUCAAAGAAAGGAGGAGCAUAUUGUGUCUUACAGGUGAUUUAAAACCAUUAUCCCUUACACAUACAACACUGAUCUACUUGUGUCUUACCUGCCCUAAAAUAUUAUGCUGCAUGUACACUUUGUUUCAACAGGUGGCAUUGGAAAGUUUAUCAGUGUACAGUAAUUUUAUAAAUUUGCUGAAGGCUUGAUGAUAUCAAUCAGGGAUGAAUAAUAAAAAAUUUGAUUAAAUAUGUUAUGAAAUCGGUGAACUGAAUUUAUAUAAGAUUAAUCAUAAAUCAGAAACUUACUAGUCAUUUUUAUAAAAAUGCUUUCUUUUACUACUUCUAAAUUUGUUUUUUUAGAUUGAUCCAGAGUACAAUCCUCCAGAGAUGGAGACUAGGACUUUAUUUGGUCUUCAGAUGCAGCAGAAAAGAAACAAUGCUGUUAUAGAUGAUAAAUUGUUUACAAAUGUGGUCUCCAAGCGAAAUCAGGUAUUGUUUUAUUUAAUUUUGUUAGUCUUAAGAAUAUUAAUUUAACAAUGUGGGGGUCAGAUGGCAAUAAAUCUCAACUAGAUCAAUAAAGCACAAUUGCUUAAAUUAAACAGCAUGAUUAUGCUUAAAUUUCAUUUGUCAUAUUUUUUAAAGUCAUUUAGACAACUGCUUUUAACCCAUGAACGUGGCAUGCAUCAUUCUGUGGUGUGGAGCUUUUCAGAGCGUUUUGAGUGCCAUUUGAAAUUGCAUUAAAUGACAUAGAAAUAUUGAUACAAGACCCCCAUAAGUAUUAAUUUUUCAAAAGUUAAAUGGAUGGGGAUAAUGUUGGCCAUAUUGCAAAACCUGUAAAAAAAAUUUGCUCAGUGUCCUUGACCUUGGAGUUCUCAAGAAAAAAAAAAUCGACAAAAUGUCUUGCUUUCAAGUGUUCAUAACAUCAUUAAUUUUUAUAGAUACACUUAAAACACAAAGCUAAAUGUUGUAGCCAAAUCAUUUAUCUUUCAGAAAAUGUAUAGCUUGCUAAGGAGGUCUUGAUUGCAAUUAAACCUCUGAAAGCAGUUUGAGUAAUUUUAGGUCAUUUGUAUAAGAAACUGGGACCACUGCAAAAUAAAAAUCUCAGGCAAAAUAGUUAUUAUUGACUAGUAAACAUUUAAAAAGGAACCAUGGAACUGAUUUGGGUUGUUUAACUAUAAAAUUUAUUAGUUCUGAACUAUCAUCUGUAGCUUCUGUAACUAAAAUUCAGUCAGUCCUUGCCCAACCUCCAGGCCUGGCUCGAAGUCUAACAGUAGCAUCAGUAGACCUAUUUCAGUAUCACUAAGACUAGUAUAAAAUUCACGAGAAGAAUAAUCUUAACUGAUAUCGUCAUGGGGAAUGUUAAAAUCAUCAUCAGUAUCACUUAAAGCCUCUCCUAAAAAGCUUUCAAACAUAUUUCUAUUAGUUCUUGCACUGAAGACCCAGCCAUAGCUUCAACCAUUUUAGCUUUUAAAAAAACAGCGAUAUAAAACUCUGAUUAAAAAGUAUUUAUUUUCAAGUUAUCACGAAACAGUUUGAACCGGAAGAUGAUUUAAUUAUUUAUAUAGGGAAGUGGCUAUAAUUCCGGUUAAAUAUUGGAUUGGAAGUUGCAGACCGUGUUUUUUUUUUCAAAUUAACGUAUCUUAAAACAAUAAGGAUGCUUGUCUUUUCUUCUCUUCUUAAAACUGUCUUGUCAGUGCUCUAAUUUAUUUCUCAGUUGCCAGAGAGUGCUAUCAGGGAUCUCAUAGUGGCUACAAUUGCACUCAAAUAUACUCAGUCCAACUCUGUGUGCUAUGCUAAGGAUGGCCAGGUAAUCUUUAAUUACUUAGUUUCAUGUGUAAUAUUGAUUUGAAAUGGAGGAUUGCAUUGACCUGCUCCAAGCAAAGCUUAAUUUAUUAUCUGUUUUGUGAGCAAGUUUGGAAUGUCUUGAUUCAUGAUUUGGGUUAGUAUUCUUGUAUAUAAAUGUCAUUGAUCCAAGGGGAUAUUAGAAUGAUCAAUCCAUUGAUGGUGGGCCCUCAUUGAAACACCAGCGCACAUUAUUCAUUGUCACACCCAAACAAAAUAUGUCUGAAAAAAACUAAUUAUUUCCAUAGGAAACAAUUUUUUGCUAUUAGUUAGAAAAUAUUUGUACUGUAUCCUUGUAUGAAUUUACAUUUAUUAAGGUAAAUGGAAAAUGUACCUUAAUUUGUCAUAUCUUUUCAUCUGGGUUUAGCUGUGGUAAGCCUGAAAACAAUCCAUAUAGAUGUGUGUAUUUGACUCGCAUACAGCACAAAUAAAUACAGUUUGUCAGUACUACUUCUGCUACUAGGCUUAUACAAUUAGAAUCUGCCUCUGCAUCCGAAAUCAUACUAUCACUGCUUGAAUCGUAACCAAAAACUAUUCCCACUUCUUGUUCAUCAGUGUAAUAUUUUCUACUUUUAUGAGAUCGAUCCCCAGAUGGGCCAGGUCCACAUUUCAUGUUUGUAAACAAAGAUUAAAACAAUCAAAACAGGAACUCCUGAUGUUUGUCCAAAGGGAUAUCAUUCUAGAUUUGAUUAAAAGUAAUUUAAAACAAAUACUAAGAAGAGAAACAAAACAAAACCGUUUUUUUAUGCAUCGACGAUUUGAUCGUCAAUCCCACGAAUACACUAUUUAAAAUCGAUUGUGAGCUUUAAUCCGGAGACAAUGAGCUAAUAAUAAAUACAAGAUUAUUAUUAUGUUGUGUGACGAGAGGGAGAAAGUUAUUUCUCGUAGGGUGGUGUUGAUAAUAAAAAUUAAAAUUGUGAACUUGUAUCUCCCUUCAUGUCAUUAAAGAAGAGCUAUAGAUAAUUGAGAAAUUGUUUUCGUUUUACUGUAAUUAUUGCACUAAGUGUGCCUGGGCAAGUUGAGAGAGUCAUUUAACAUUAUACCCUUGACAUCCAAAGCCUGAAUUGUCAGACAGUGGCUAAAAGUACGUUGUCUAGAGUUCGGGUCCCCUUUGUUAUGGCCACAAUUGGAGUAAAAAAUUCCUUUCCUCCUAGCCCUUGCAGAGCUCAUGCGUUGUAUGAUUCAAAUAGCACUAAAAAAAAGCUGUAAAAAAAGUUGAGGUUUAUUUAUUUAUUGGCUUGGUAUUUUAUAUGACAGUAGAAAAGGCACAAGAAAUAAUCACUGUAUUCAGAAUAAAAUAGGUAAGUGUUUUGAGUAUGAGAGUUAACUAAUAAUUUUGUGCACUGUAUAUUGUGUCGUGUGUCAGGAGAGAGUUAGUUAAUGAACAUCCUUCCUGCAUUUUACUUGGUGAAGUAUUUUCAAGGUAAUUAUAACGUAUUGUGUAGUCUGUCUUAGACUUACACAUGCUUAUGUGUGAGCAGUCGUAAAGAUCCUUUUUACCAGGUGGUUGUGUAUUAAUCUCUCUUAUUGCGAGCUGUGCUAUACAUGUGUUUAAUUCAGUAUAUAACCUGUUAAAGAUAUAUUUAUAGAUUAAAGUUUCAUGUUUCUGUCGCUGUAGAACAAUGUAUGAAGAAUUUAAUGAAUUAAACUAAUAAAAUAUAUGGAGUUUGACAGUGUCAAAAAAAUCCUACAAAUUUUAUCACAAAAAAUAUAGGAACAGAACUCCUAGUGGAAAUAUAAUUCUCCAUUCAAAAAUAAUAUUCACUCUUGCUCACAAAAAUGUCCACAGCUUUCUUACCACAAGGUUUUAAUCAACACUCAGCUGCGGUCAUUCAUGGCUGAGUCAGACCUGUUUACUCUUACGAUUUUGGCGUACAAUGUACGAUUUUGAGGUGUAAACAUUAUAAAUACGGUAUGUUUUUUUUUUUACUAUAAUUGUAAGGUACUGAACAAUUAUGUGAUGAUAUUGUACGAUUUUAAGAGUUUGAGAGUAAACAGGUCUGCUGAGUUAAAUUCGUGAUUACAGGGAAAAUAGCAAUACGGAAAAUCAUACUAUCAUUCACUCACAAUAUCACAACAGGACACGGCAGAAAUACAUAAUGUAAUCUGACCCUUGUAACUUUUGCAACAUAAGUUAUUUCUUAACACUUAGUACAAAAAAAACCUUCAUUUUUUUUCAAAUCUUAAUAAGUAUAUUGUAUUUUUGUAAAUGUAUUCCUGCAGGUUAUUGGCAUAGGAGCUGGUCAACAGUCACGUAUACAUUGUACAAGACUGGCCGGGGAUAAGACAAACAAUUGGUAAGGGUGAAGUUUUGUGAAUCUUAUACUACUUAUGAAUGUUUUACACAUAAUGUAAUUCAAGUGAACCAAAAUAAUCUGUAGGGUUUAUUGAAAAGUGGUCAAGAGCUGAAGUAUGAGUCAUCUUGUUUGUUUCAAUGUUUUAGAUAAUGUUUAUUUUUAUUAUAACCCUCAGCAUCCUGAAUUAAUAUAAUUUUCUUGAAACCCUCCCCAGGUGGUUGAGACAGCACCCUAAAGUAAUGGGAAUGAAGUUUAAGAAAGGUGUUAAGAGACCAGAGAUUUCUAACGCUAUUGAUAACUUUGUCUUGGGCACUGUUGGUCAGGUAGAGUCCUUGUCAAUUAGAUAUAGUUUAAUAUUUGUAAAGUAAUUAUUAUUAUUUUAAUUUGCAAAGUAAAUGCAUGGCUUAUGAAAAGGGCUCCGUCUUUUUGGCAAAAAACGCUCUGUCGCAGGGAGGGGUUAAAAGUUAUUUUUCUCAAUUUAAAAAAAGUAAAAAAGGAUUAUGGGUUUCUAAAUGAUAAGCAGAAAUCUGACUAUGGUUUAACAUCUUUAGUAGCUGUAUUGUGUUACUGCUAAUUUGCAAUGCUCUUUCAAAGUUGUGGAUUGGCGUUUUAUUUAGAAAUGGUAUAUUAUAACAAACAUUAUUUGGUACUUUGUAUACUAGACUCUUUUUUACCUGAAUGUUACUUAAAAAUAAAAGAAGGGCACAAUAUCUUAGAAAAUCGUUUAUAUUAUUUAAUAUUUUUUAAUAACUGUUGAUGGAGGAUUUUAAAAAAAUGAUAAAAUGAGUGAUUACAUAGUUGGUUACCAUGUUAAAAAGCCAUUCACUUAAAGAACAAGGAACUAUUAUGACAAUGAAUUUUUGGGAUUUUAAAAUAAACUAAUUUGAAUGUUACAAUUUCUCCAGGAUGUGGACCUUGCCAGCUGGGAAAACCUGUUUGAAAACCCACCUAGUCCAUUAACUGAGGUAAAUUCAGCUUAAGAGGAGCGAAUUAUGUCGAUAGGUUGAUGUCCAUUAUUUUGAAAAAUAUCAUGUCCUUAAGAAUAGGGUUCCCAAAAAAGGGGAUUUUAAAGCAGAAGAGUCAUUUUCUUUCAAAUUGUUAUACAAAUAACUUUAUAUUUUUUUUCUUCAUUAACAUUUUCUAGUGUAGUAAGUCACUAGUUGACUUUUUAAAUUCUUUGUAAUUCAUUAAAAUAAUGCCUUUUCUUUUACUUUUACUAAAUUUUUUAAAAAGCAAUAUCACUUUUAGUAAGGGGCGCAAAACUAGUAAGGCUAUGUUUACCCUGGCUCCGAAUUUCACAGACUUUCAAGAAAUUCAGUAGAAAGACGAUUGCAAUAACAAAAGUCUCAUGACAAUUCUCAAACCUGACACUUCUUACUUUCGUAGAUGUUCUAAAAGUAGACUUAGCAUAGGUCUACCACUUCAGAAAUAUGAUAGUAUAAUAGGAUUAAAGUAGUGUCGCAUUGGAUUUAAUUUAUUCUAGAAUUCUAUCUUAGAAACUUACACCAUUGUCUUGAUAGCUACAUUUUGUAAUUGUCAUUUUUAGGAGGAGGAAUUAGUACGGUAGAUGUUACAUAGUUAAUUUGUUUCUUUUGAAACCAUAAAUCGUUAAACUGUCAUUUAACACUAGUCAUUAAAGGUCAUAGGCUGUUGUCAAGAUAAAUCCUUUUUUUAUUGCUGAUUAAACUCAGAAGCAAUUUAAACGAUGUCAGACUAAUUUCUCUACGGAAAGAUCUGUCAUGGAUGCCCAUGAUUUACAGAGCUAGUGUAAACGCAACCAGCCUACAAAAUUGUGUAUGUGGUGAAAACCACAGAACAGGUUGAUAACCUUAUAAAGUCUUGAAUUGCUUUCCAAUUAUGUGAGAACUGGUGUGAAUUGCUAUAUGACUUAUCUUUUUUUAAAGUAAUAAACUUAACUGCACGGCACAACAUGGCUGUCAUCUUAACUAGAUGUGCUAGAGAAAAUCUGUAAAAACGUGGACAACAGGUUAUUGUUGAAACUGAAUAAUGGGAUUAUUGUGUCUGCACAUUUAUUUAAAUUAAUUUCCUUAUUUGAACAGGAAGAAAGAAAGGAUUGGAUCUCCAAGUUAAAAGGAGUAUCAGUCAGCUCCGACGCCUUCUUCCCAUUCAGAGAUAGUGUGGAUAGAGCCGUAGAGGUUGGCUUUGUUGUUUAAUUUUCUUUUUAACCCUUUACCGGGCAGAGCGGCCGAAAACGUCUUUAGUACUGAAUGGGCAAAAGCGUCCGUGACCUCAGAGUCUUUGCGAGACUUCCUAUUUUUUUGUAGUUUUAGGGGUUUAAAAUAAAAAAAAUUCUAAAUGGAUUUUGCCAAUUAUUUGCCUAUUAUUCAAGUGAUAGAGAUUUCGCUGGAUUCAAUUUAAGUGACAUUGAAGUGCACGAAGUGACUGUAAAUUGGAACUAGAUAUUAAUAUUAUUAGUAAUAUUAGUGAAAUCAGCUUAGUAAACAGUGUUGAAUUUUACAAAUUUUGAUUUUUUGGCAGUGUUUGUAAAUAGUAAAUAGAUGACUCACAAUCACAAACAAUGUGUUGUUUUUUGCAAAUAUCUGUGUUCAUAUGAGGAUUAAUUAAUGUCAAGUUGUGAGUAAAAUUAUAAAUCGGCAUUCAUUUUCCUUUAUUUAGCUUUUUAUUUCAAAAAAAUUUGUUGACUAACUAACACUUUAGAUUAUUUUUUUAAAUAACAUAACCCUAAAUCUUACUAUAAACCGGAGAACUGGUGCCCGUUCAGGAGGUGCAAGAGGAAGUACCUCUGCCUCUUAAAGGGUUAAGUUACUGGGCUUAUGCCUGAGCUGCGUUAGUUAUGUGAGCUUAUUUCCUCAUAACUGUCUUUAUGAUUUAUUAUUAUUACUGCAGUGGUCUUAUAUAGCGCUUCACAUAAAAAUAAUGGCAAAAAUAAACAUAGAGUUGUUCUAUUUGUACACCAUCUUUCUCCUAAACAUUGUAGCUAAUUUUACUGUAUUUGUUUAGGGGGACUGAUUAGGUUGUAAAUUAAUGAACACCCAGUUAGUGAUAACUUGAAAAAGUCAACAUGAAACAAUUUUUAAUGUAGCAAAGUUGGAAUCAGCAAUAAGAAACGAAUGUCAUAACUCAGUGGUCCCCAAAUGGCGGUCGGUGGACCUUCACCGGUCCCCAUGCCUAACGCUACCGGUCCGCAUCCCUAACGCUGCCGGCCCCCAUAACAUAAAUAUUUAUUGAUUGUCAAAUAGCAAUAAAAUUAUAACAAUAAAUCAUGCACCGGUCCCUGGUAAAAUUUCGAAACUUGUUCACCGGUCCACCAAAUUUAAAAGUUUGGGAACCACUGUCAUAACUGACCUAUGGGGUAAUGGAUUGUUGGUAAUAUCUGGGUAAUAUUAAAAUAUUGAGUUAGAAAAGACUGUUUCUGUUGAUAUAAUUUUAUUUAAUUUGAAAUGCUAUUCCCUGUCAUAUCUCUGUCAUAAAGGUUGAUCGAUUGGUAGUCUCACUUAUUUGUCUUGUCUUGAAAUUUUAACUUGAAAAGGCAAUUAGCAUUUUUAUUGUCCUUAGAGUGGAGUUGAGUAUAUUGCCUCCCCUGCUGGGUCUGUUUCUGACAAGAUUGUGGUUGAAGCAAGUGAUGAACACAACAUUGUCCUGAUCCACACAAACCUCAGACUCUUCCACCACUGAGUUCAUCUUCAUGGGCCGGCCUGGAUUGGCACAAGAGACGUACUGAGUUCAGUCUUGAUGUUCCAGCAAGACUUCAGUAGUCAGGAGCUAACUUAGCUUCAUUUUUAUCGCUUUAAUUACAUUUCUGAAACUUACCCUUGACAUGAUUUUAUUUGUAACUCUGUUGUUCACUGCUGGCAUUAUCCCAAAUGUGACUAAAUUCCACAAAAAUUGAUAUUAUUGCUGUGUUCAUGAAUGAAUGUAUACUCUGUUAUCUUGCUUUAGAGGAAAAGCCUCAGAUAUCCUGUAUGUGAUUGAAAGCUUCUGGUUAAAGGAGUUAUUUUUAAUUGGCAUUUACAUUUUUUUUAAAUGAUUUGAUAUUAAUUUUUUUUUGUUUAUUGUAUUUUUGUUUAAAUUCAUGUCUGAUGUAAUUAAGAUGAAACAUUUUUUGUUUAAAAUAUUGAUCAUACCUUUCACCAGUGGUCUGCAAAUCGUGGCUCUUUAGCGACUUCAGUGAGGCUUGGCCAGUCUGCCAAAAAUUGUUUCUGACUCCGAAAAACAUGGUUUUUGAAAAGAAAUUGGGCUCUCAAAAUUUGUUUUAUCGUCCUGCUGCUGAUUUUUGGCUCUUUUGACUGAGUUUGCAGACCACUGUUUACACCAAUAAGUUGCUGUUUUUUAAAUUGGUGUCUCUAACCCUUGGAGCUCCAUCAAGCAGCCUGCAAAGUGAUUAGAAGUAGCAUUGAUAGACCACCCGUAGUAAUGACUUGUGGGCGUGUAGUGUGACAUUAACAUAGCCCCAUCCGUUGGGUGGUGGUUGUGAUAGUUUUCAAAGUAACUGGUUAAAUAUCACCAGGAGGUCACUUAUGACAUAAGUUAUUUGCCCGUUUUAAUUUGAACUUUAAUGGUCAUAGUGUUGACAGAAGUUGAUAAGCAAUGUAUUUUGUUAAAUGGUAUGGGUAUUCCAUUCACAAAUUAUCAUAUUUCUGCUUCAUGCAUUGUAAAAAUCUAUCUUAUUCAGUGAAAUUUGUAAUGUAAAAUUAAACAUAAAAUUAGUAUGUCAGCUUAUCAACCAACUUACAAUGGUUUCCGUUUAAAAAUAACAUUCAGCUUUAUGAUGUAUGCAUACAAAGAGUAAUUAUCAUUUUUUUUUUAAAAACUGUUUUCUUAUAAGAAAGCUUUCACCCUUUUCAAAAGAAUUUAAUAGUGCUGGUAGUAUUGCUGAAAAAUGUGUUGGUAGUAUUGCUGGGUGGUAAUCAAUGUUCCCUUUAAGCUGCACGGCCGCGCAGUAAUCUCACUGACGCACGCAGCAGUUUUGAGUACCACUUAAGGGUGUUUGUGUCUGUAGGCUGUAAAAUUUGCGCACAAAAUAAUUGAUGCUGUAAAAAUUUGCACACAAAUUUAUGAUUUUGCACACGAACCAACAAAGCUUAGAGGGAACAUUGGUGGUAAUGAUGUUGUGCUAUACUCUGAGCUUUAAUCAGAUCUUCAUUGUUAAAAACUUUGCACUUAGGUUAAUAAGUUUCCUUUUAUUUGCUGAUUGUCAUUUUUUUUUUCCUGUUGGUUUCAUACCUCACUUACAUUGUUUGCUUAUCCAGAAAUAAGUUUUUACGUUAAAAUUUUGCUUCAAAUUUCUUUUUGAACGCAUUAUUUUGUUUUACUAUAUAGUAUAGUGCGUUCAAAAAGAAAUUUGAUAAAGAUUUUAACGUGUGAACUGAAAAAAAAGAUUCAAUCAAAUUUCCGUCGAUCAAUUUACCGUUGACGAAAUUUCUUUCGAUUAAAUUUCCGGUAACCCAAUGUUUGAUGUUUUGUCAUUUUCAUCAUAAAAAGAAUAAUUGUUAAUUAGGGAAUAAAAAUAAUUGAAAUA